AUGUACACAAUAGAAAUUCAUCAGGUUUCGGUAGAACCAAGUGAUAAUGAGAAAAAAACUAAUGGUACAAUUUUCGGAGAGGCACAAAAAGAUGAGGUCAUAGAAACUGAUUCACUUUUGGAUAACAAGGGAAUGGUGAAUCCAGCGACAUCUGAGCGGACGAACUCGCCAACUGUACGAGUCAAUAUUCCACCGCCGACAGUUUCCGACAAAUCACAACCGGCCAAGCAGUCGACCAAGAUAAGGCUGCGACGUCGAAUAACAAUUCCAUUUAUACUCAACGCUGUUAUUGCGAUCUCAGUUCUCGCCUUACUAGUCCUAUUGGAAUAUGGAUUUAUUCCGGGCAAUAAGCUGGGCUACUACUGCCAGGAUCCUCAAAUAUCUCACAAAUACACCGGUGAAGUGAUCUCGCCGAUGGUUUUGGGUAUAGGAUCCCUCCUAGUACCUUUAAUAGCUUUAUUAGUGACUGAAGUAUUAUCGAAACGAAGUUUUAAGAAAAUUAACGUUCGAGAAGUAUGGUACUACUACAGAGAGUGCGCCACUGGAUGCAUCUUGGUACUUCUGUUGACAGAAUUUGCUAAGAUCUUGGUAGGUGAACAUCGACCACACUUUUUAGAUGUUUGCGCACCUGACACAGCUACUAACUGUCGUGCGAACGAGUAUGUAGAUACGUAUAUUUGCACAAAUCCAAAAUAUAGCAAAUACUUCCUGAUCGAUAGUUCAAAAUCUUUUCCAUCCGGGCAUUCUUCCGUCUCAUGGUUUAUAGGAGCAUUUUCUGCAUAUGUCAUUCAAACAAGACUGUCAACCAUGUACACUGGCCGACUGCUGAAGCCCUUCCUAAUCUCAGUGUGCCUUUUCUGGUCCAUUUUAUGCUCUCUUACAAGAAUAACUGACAGACGUCAUCACUGGUGGGACGUACUAGCCGGAUGCGUUCUAGGUCUUCUAGGAGCAUUAUACACCGUAAAAAUAGUGCACAAGAAAAUUUUUGGAACUGAAGAAAUCACAAAAGUUUCUGCCUCGACAACCACUCUCUUAGAUGUUAAGAACAAAGACGCCACUAGUGUAAUAAUAUAA